AUGAAGUUUCCUACAAUAUAUCAUUUUUGGGAGCCUUUCAAAAAGAGAAGAAAUUCUACGCAUGGGAAAAAAACUAAGGACUUUAGUAAUGCUCCGCAGAAAGUUCAGAGAGAAUUAAGUGUUGUCCUAGGUGAUAUUGCCAAGACAAAACCUGCUAAUACAAGAAUAGAUCAUAAAUUGACACCCUCUAAGCCAAGAAAUAACACCAAACAAGUUAAGACUUCAACAAAUGCACAUAUUGCAAGUUCUCGUUCUUUCACAAGGACGCAUACGAAUUCAGUGCAAGCUGAAAAGAACAAGAGUAAUACAAGAAAUAAAACAGUCAGAAAUGGCACAUCAAGAGAAGAAAAUAAGAAUGAUGUCCUUGAGUCCCCAAAGGUUCAUCCAGGAAAGUUUGGCUUACAAGAGAAACAAGUACCUUCAAAUAGAGGCAGAAAGGCUCAAAAGUGUUUUAGUAGAAUGAGUGAAGCCAGUGAUUCAGGUGUCACUGAUCUGGAUAUCUCUUGUGGAAACACACUGAUAAACGAAGCAAGAACAAAUGCAAAGGUUGCCGAGAUAUCCAACAUCAAUAUGGUUUGUCAAAAUUUUCAAGAUGCAACAGAGGGACCAGAUGACAUUUUAUCAAAUCUCAGUAGAAACAACAGUUAUUGUAGAAAUCGGAAGCCUCCAAAUUUCAAAGGAGUUUUGUCAAGCACUGCAGUCAGUGAGGUAGACAUAAGUAAAUUCAACUCAUCAAAUACCUGCAGUGAUGGAAGAGGUGUAAUAUUUAAAAUGCCUAGAUAUGUUCCAAAAAUAUUUAUGAAGAAAAACAUGACAGUUGAGCCAACUCUAGAUAGCAUAGCAGAAGAAAAAGAAAAUGAGGUGGUUGAUAAUCAGUCAGAUGCAACCACAUACUUAACUCCUAAGAAAACCAGUACAUUAAUUAAGUCUCGACAUCUGAAUUUAGAAGAUUUGGAAGAAGAUGGGGAUGAUAUCCAAACAAAAGACCAGUCUUCAAAGAAGCAAAAUGAAAAAGAUUUUUCAAGGAAUAACCAGGUGCCCAUAGACAUAACAUCCCAAAACUUGACUACACAAAGUGAUUUUGGAAGCUCCAGACGUUCGAGUAGGAUUCGUACGAAACGUCUUGAAUUUUGGAACUUUGAAAAAGCCCACGUUACAACUUUGAACAGUGGAGAAGUUUCAGUUAUUUACACAAAACAAGACGACCCAAGUGAAACUGGUAGAAUGAGUAAAAGGGGAGGCAACCCAAAAUUAAAUCCUGUCACUUUGCCCCCUGAUACAAAUAAUAAGAAGGAUGCUACCAGCAUAGAAAACAAAAGAAAGUCUGUAGUACCUAAAAAAUCUUCGACUGAAGAAGGUGCCAAGAAAACAAAUACCAUAGCACGGAAGCGAAAGAGUACCUUGUCAGAUAAAGAUGAAUCAUCUUGUUCCAUAGAAUUAUCUCCCAGAAAACGUGGGAAAAGUUAUUCAACAGGUGUGUCUCCCAGAAAACAAGGAAAAAAUCAUUCCUCAGAUGUUUCUCCCAGAAAACAUGGGAGAAAUCAAAGUUUUAUUGUGAAUAGCUUCCUGCCUACAGUUGCAAAGGUGGAAUUCAAGUCCCUGAUGUUUUGUCCUUGGACAGAAGAUGAUUUUACGUGUUACAUGGCUCGUAGUUAUUGUAACAAGGAAGAAAAUAUUUAUGCUGGCUUUCUCUUUCUUCAAAGGGGAGAAAUGAUCUGGUCCACAACCAAGUAUACGACAUUUUCUGUCGUUGAAGGAGAGGGAGCAUUAUCUGUACUUGAUUCUGAUGAUGAUGGAACUCUAGUGUUAUUAUCAGCAAAUGUAAAAACUGUUGUUCCUAGAGGCAAGAAAGUGAGGUUGGAAAAAGAAGAUUCGGAUGAACUACUGAAAAUUUUUUUAGUGCUGCAGGAUAAGCCAUAUUAGAGACCUAAGAGUGAUAGGCAAUAAAAUAACUAGUUUAUAAAACUGAUUCACUGUUAUGGUUACUGGUUUUCCUGUGAUGUAUUACUGCCUGAAAUAUGGACUGUGAUUGAAUUUUUAUAGAAAAGUUAGAACAGAUGAUGCCUUGUUCACUUAGGAAAUUAGUGUAUUAUAGAGAGACAGAGUGAUUUACUGUAAAUAUUUUUUUAUGUGAGCAAAAUUGAUUUAAUGGAAAGUUUCCAUAUUAUACUAAUAUUCUGAUAGGGUCAAAUUAUUCAAUAGUUUAGUACUGAACAUUUUGAUUUUCAUGUAUGGUAGAUUGUGUUCAAGUAUGCAACCUGAAAUGGCAGUAGGUUUUGUAUAGUAAAACUAUGCAACAUACUUUAAAACUUCCCUAGAAUGAUGAUCUAAAUAUAAAAUUGAGUUGGAUUUGAAUGAGGCUUGAAGAAACUUAGUGUUCUACUACACUGUUCAUUUUCAUUUUGAUAGUCAUUGCAAGAGUACAAGUAUAUCAAAAUGGUAUCUUCAUUUAAUGAUAUUUCAUAGUAACACAGUGCAUGAUGUAACAUGAAUACAGUUUCAUUUAGGUUUUUCUUGUAGUAUGCAGGUAUCUGCUCUUAUUUUAUUUAUGCUAUGAUGCAUCGAUUCUUUUCUAGGUUUUUAAAUAUCCUGCCCAGUAGUCAUUCACUGUAGAAUACAGGCAGUCCCUGGUUAUCGGCAGGGGUUCCGUUCCCAUGGGUGUGCGGAUAAGUGAAAACCUCCAUUAACCGAAACUCGGUGAUUUAUGGCGCCAAUAACCACUGUUGGUGCCGUAAGCACCCUUAUAGCGCCUCUGUUAGGUAUGUAAUGGUACCAAUAACUGGAACUCAGCCUGUUAUGGCGCCAUAAAACUGGAUCGCCAAUAACCAAGUCUGCCGAUAAUCGGGGACUACCUGUAUAGAGCCACAUAUUUUUGCUAUGAAAAUUGUAAGAGUUCAUUCCUAUAUAUUCUCCAGACUAUUUUUUUCUUUUUCCUCCUCUUAAUUGUAUAUUUUUGGUAUGGUUCAGUUCUCUCUUGCUUGCUCUUGUUAUUAUUUUUUGGGGAUAGUUAUUUUCAGUAAAAAUAUUUUGAAACUUGCAGAAUUGUGAUUCAAAUAUAACAUUUUGAGUUGAAUUUGAUUUACUGUAAAUAUUUUUUUAUGUGAGCAAAAUUGAGUUAAUGGAAAGUUUCCAUAUUAAACUAAUAUUCUGAUAGGGUCAAAUUAUUUAAUAGUUUAGUACUGAACAUUUUGAUUUUCAUGUAUGGUAGAUUGUGUUCAAGUAUGCAACCUGAAAUGGCAGUAGGUUUUGUAUAGUAAAACUAUGCAACAUACUUUAAAACUUCCCUAGAAUGAUGAUCUAAAUAUAAAAUUGAGUUGGAUUUGAAUGAGGCUUGAAGAAACUUAGUGUUCUACUACACUGUUCAUUUUCAUUUUGAUAGUCAUUGCAAGAGUACAAGUAUAUCAAAAUGGUAUCUUCAUUUAAUGAUAUUUCAUAGUAACACAGUGCAUGAUGUAACAUGAAUACAGUUUCAUUUAGGUUUUUCUUGUAGUAUGCAGGUAUCUGCUCUUAUUUUAUAUAUGCUAUGAUGCAUCGAUUCUUUUCUAGGUUUUUAAAUAUCCUGCCCAGUAGUCAUUCACUGUAGAAUACAGGCAGUCCCUGGUUAUUGGCAGGGGUUCCGUUCCCAUGGGUGUGCGGAUAAGUGAAAACCUCCAUUAACCGAAACUCGGUGAUUUAUGGCGCCAAUAACCACUGUUGGUGCCGUAAGCACCCUUAUAGCGCCUCUGUUAGGUAUGUUAUGGUGCCAAUAACCGGAACUCAGCCCGUUAUGGCGCCAUAAAUCGCUGAUUUUAUGGCAGUAGACAAGCGCCAUAAAACUGGAUCGCCAAUAACCAAGUCUGCCAAUAAUCGGGGACUACCUGUAUAUAGAGCCACGUAUUUUUGCUAUGAAAAUUGUAAGAGUUCAUCCCUACAUAUUCUCUAGGCUAUUUUUUUUUUCUUUUUCUUCCUCUUAGUUGUAUAUUUUUGGUAUGGUUCAGUUCUCUCUUGCUUGCUCUUGUUAUUAUUUUUUGGGGAUAGUUAUUUUCAGUAAAAAUAUUUUGAAACUUGCAGAAUUGUGAUUCAAAUAUAACAUUUUGAGUUGAAUUUGAAUGGGUUUGCAGAGAUUGGUUAUCCAACUGCAGUGUUACUUUAUGUCAGAAUGGGAUUCACUUAAAAUGGUAUUUAUUAGUAGUACUAUCACAUAUGAGGUAUAACAUGAGCAAAGUUUCAUUUGUGUUUUUUGUAGUAUGGAGGGACUGGCUGAUCUGUACAUUAGCCAAUAAUUGUAGAAUAGAGGUAGUAAGAAAAAUAAUUAUGGACUGUUAAUUCUAUGAGUUCAUUCGUUUAUGCUCAUAUUAAUAAAGAUUCUUAAAAUAA